ACGUUGAAGAGAUCAAGGCUCAUCGACGAUCGGAAGCUGUACGGACAGCUUAGGCCCAACUAGGCUAGCUCCACACAUCUUCGACUGGCAGUUGCGGCUAGGCAGCGAUGCCAAGAGAUGCCUUUCCAUCGCCAUCUCACAUCUCAUCUCUCGCUCUUUCAUCCUCGUCUCUCACCGCUGAUACCUCUCGCUGCUUGCUGCUGGCUGCCGCUGUUGGAAAUGCUGGGAUCCACCUGCCGCCGCUAAAAGCCCUCCAAGUUGACACCGCCGUUCUUGGGCAUGCCUCCUGCCUGGCUUCCCUGUCGAUUCAUUUGCCACUUACCAGUGAUCUGAACUAUACCUUCGUUGCACCAUGGCACCUAAGCGCAAGGCCAUCGACAGUGGCUCUACUAGAGCAUCGAAACGAGCGACUCCUGUUCCCGAUACGCCGCAAGACGUUGGCAGUAGCGACGAGUAUUCCGAGUACGAUGAGAAGGACGACAAGACGCAGAAGUUGGUCGAAAAGUUCUCUUUAGAAUCGUUCAGCAGGAAACAGAAGAGUGUUGGCGAAGGGUUUGAUCCUCAUUACGGGUACAAGGAUUUCUCGUCCCUUCCUUUGAAGCCCGACCAUGCCAACCGGCCUCUGUGGAUCGAACCUCUCAAAGGCACAAUUACUCUAGAAAGCUUCUCUCCGCUCGCAUCGCAGGCUGCAGACUUUUUGACAACCAUCGCCGAGCCUCUUUCUCGCCCUGUGCAUUUACAUGAAUACCGCUUGACCGGUAACAGUCUGUAUGCUGCUGUUUCCGUUGGUUUAGAGCCCAAGGAUAUAAUACACUUUCUGGAUCGUCUAUCUAAGACCCCUCUGCCUGAUGCAAUUCAGUCUUUCAUCGUCGAUUUUACGAAAUCCUAUGGCAAAAUUAAAUUGGUUCUCAACAACAAUAAGUACUUUGUGGAAAGCACGGAUCCUGCCAUGUUACAAAUGCUUCUUCAAGACGAUGUUAUAGGGACACAGCGAGUCCAGGGCUCUGAGGGUAUCAUACAGCAGGCGGCUCCUAAGAUGGCCGGCCUCGUUAUUCCUGGUACAAAGGACGCGGCGGGUGUGAAGCAGGCCAAUCAGCAUGCCGGUGAGCAGAAUGGAGUCAAUGGAAAUGCGCCUAAGGAAGACGACUUUUUAGCAACUAUUCGGGAUGAGGAUGAUGACGAUGAUCAAGCGCAGGUCCAUAGUUUCCAGAUUCCUAACGAUGCUGUCGAAUCUGUAAAGGCCAGAUGUCAGGCAAUGGGUUGUCCAGCCCUUGAAGAGUACGACUUUCGAAAUGACAAGAACAAUGACACGCUCGACAUUGAUCUGAAGCCGAAUGCACAGAUUCGAAGCUAUCAAGAAAAGAGCUUGAGUAAGAUGUUUGGUAACGGGCGAGCCAAAAGUGGGAUUAUUGUUUUGCCUUGUGGUGCAGGUAAAACGCUAGUUGGCAUUACUGCGGCCUGCACGAUCAAAAAGGGUAUCAUUGUACUCUGCACCAGCUCCAUGUCAGUCGUUCAGUGGCGCAAUGAAUUUAUUCGCUGGUCAAAUAUUGAUCCUAGCGAUAUUGCCAUCUUUACCUCUGAUAAUAAGGAGAAAUUCAAACGGUCGACCGGUAUUAUUGUCUCUACUUAUUCCAUGGUUUCACAGACGAGAGCGCGAUCCUAUGAUGCUCAGAAGAUGAUGGACUGGCUAACACAGCGUGAGUGGGGAUUGAUGAUAUUGGACGAAGUUCACGUCGUACCUGCGUCGAUGUUUCGAAAGGUCACUUCUAGCAUCGCUUGUCAAACGAAGCUGGGAUUAACCGCGACACUUCUUCGAGAAGAUGACAAGAUUAAAGAUUUGAAUUUCUUGAUCGGACCCAAGUUAUAUGAAGCCAACUGGAUGGAACUUGCGGAACAGGGCCACAUCGCCAAAGUCCAAUGUGCCGAGGUGUGGUGCCCAAUGACAACCGAGUUUUACUCGGAAUACAUGCGGGAAAAGUCACGAAAAGCGGCACUGCUGUAUAUCAUGAACCCUCGAAAGUUUCAGGCGUGUCAGUUUCUAAUUGACUAUCACGAGAAGAGAGGUGACAAGAUCAUCGUUUUCUCCGACAAUGUGUACGCCCUAGAGAAAUACGCUCUGAAAUUAGGCAAGGCAUAUAUCUACGGCGGCACUCCGCAAAACGAACGCAUGCGUAUUCUGGAAAACUUCCAGCACAAUGAGCAAGUCAACACUAUCUUCCUGUCCAAGAUCGGUGAUACGUCGCUCGAUCUUCCCGAAGCCACUUGUCUUAUCCAGAUUUCAUCACACUACGGGUCCCGUCGACAGGAAGCUCAGCGGCUAGGUCGUAUUCUACGAGCCAAACGCCGUAAUGAUGAAGGGUUCAAUGCCUUUUUCUACUCCCUCGUUUCAAAGGAUACUGACGAGAUGUUCUACUCCUCCAAACGACAAGCUUUCCUAGUCGACCAAGGCUACGCUUUCAAGGUCAUUACACAUCUCCAAGGGAUCGAGAACCUCGAGGGACUCGCCUACGCCACCCCAGCUGAACGCCGCGAACUUCUUCAAGAAGUCAUGCUACAGAACGAAACCUCCGCCGAAGUCGAGCUUGUCACGGAUGACCUCUUCGGCGAGCGCUCAGGUGGCCCACGCAGCUCGAAAGCCAAGAAAACGGGCGUCAAACGCAGCGCUGCGACACUCAGCGGUCUUGCUGGCGGUGAAGACAUGGCGUAUGUGGAGUACAACAAGUCUCGCAACAAACAACUCAAAGAUAAGGCGCAACAUCAUCCCUUGUUCAAGAAGAUCGCCCGAGACCAGCAGAAACGGAAAGAAGCUAUGAAAGAUAUGGGCGGGAGUAGGCGAUGAAAGACGGGAAUUAGUCAUGACAUUUUGAAAGGCCUAAUAUAGCACUCAUGUAUACCAGACUGCCACAUGAUCUACUUUUGCAUAUUUGGAAUUUAGCGGGCGUUUGGGUGGUAUUUACGGCUAUGAUUUUUACAUGAUGAAAAUAGAACAUGAACGAAUAUACACUUGAGC